AUGGCGCUGCUCAAUCUUCCCUAUCGCCUCCGCGCACAAAGUGUCUUACCGAGCGGACCUUUCUACCAAGGUCGCAUGUUUCCCGACGAUAGUAUGUUGACUGCCAAUGCUUGGACGAAGAAAGCCGGCCGUGAGGAGAUGAUGAAGUCCAAGUAUGCAAGCACUGAGCGCAAGAAGCUCAUACCCAGGUCCCCAAGCUCUCUCUCACGUGCAGAGAAGAUUCGUAGACGCGUGAGGACCGAAGGCUUCUAUUCGGCAAAGCUGGCGGAGCAUGCGACAAAGCACCCACCCAAACGAUGUAUGAAGCGCAGCUCUACAGAGAAUCUGCUGCUCGAAUCAGAUCUCCCUGUCCCUGCAACGAAGAAGGGUAGGAACGACACAGACUAUAGCUUCGGCAUCGAGACAGCAGAUCCCGCGAACAGCGCACCACUCAUCAGCCUCGCACUCUGCGUGGAGCAGGCGCAUGUGUCUCGCCGUGACUUACCUUCAGAUUCGAGCAACGCGUCAAGGAUCGAAGAAAUAAUCUCGCUUCUCCAGAAAUUCCACCUUGGAAAAGCAUCGCGUAAAUGGCUCAUGCAAAUGAGGAGCGACGAUACCGCAUCAACUACCUGUGCCGUCAGAUCCACAGAGUAUGUAUCGCCCGCAGAAGAGAAGCGAAAGGAUGACGCUCAGGCCUCCUCGGUUCCCAAGGCACGAAAGUCGGUUCGUUUCGCGGAGGAUGUCCAGGUAAUCGCUAUCGAGUCCAUCAAGUAUCUCCAAAAGAAGGUCACACGUCGAUGUAGGGCAAAGACCGAAGACUCCGAAGUCAAGGGUGCUUCGGGCAAGCUUGACGCCGAUUCCAACUCGUUGGGUCAAAAGAUUGAUCCUGACGCAUCAGAAAUGCUAGUGACUGUGAACCAUUCACCCCAGGCGUCAUCCCGACUUCUCAGCAGGAAGAUCUCAUCCUCUGGGUCCGAUAAGCAUUUGUUAUCGAUUCCGAUAGACCACCUGCACUCGUAUCCCAGUGAGACGGCCAAGGAGACUGCAGUCGAGAAUGAUCGAAGCUUUGUAGAUCCAGUCUGGGCUGGUCAGCAACCUGGGCGAUACGAGUCAAUUUUUAACAACCGUCAAAAUAAAUCUCGACCAGUUACAAGUGAGAACCAUGACAACGUGGUAAGAAGCCGAGCCGCUCGAGACCGAACCUGUGUCACUGCGCCAGUUAAAAGCAGAGUAACCAGCAUCAGAGAUCCGGUCUACUGGUUUGCAAAUUUUGCAGACGGUGGCAACCAUGGAUCCCGGGCCAGAGUCGCACCGCAGUCGAGUAGCGGAGCAAGACUGCGGUAUGAUCAUGAGAAGCAUUCCGUUACCAAUGACCUCGGACGAUCGUCAAAUGCCCCCAAGCAGGCCCCUACACUCGGCAGCGCGCAAGUGACCGAAGCGCUUGCUUCCCACGAUGUCUCCAGUGGCGACGAGCAAGCAGAGCACACCAGUAACGUGGACACCGCAGCGGCUCAGCACCCUAGGCCUGCGUAUGAAAGCAUACCUUCUCAGACCUACGGUAUCGCGCGGAGCCAAUCAUCAUCUUCGACAUCCGCGAGCGCUCCUGACGACAGCAGAGCUGGCGACAUCGAAACGAGCUUUUCUCAGAGCAAGCCAAAGGCGCGCUUCUGUGAUGCCCAGAGCCACGUAAUUGAAGCCGCCCUUAAUGAGGAGCACAAAUCGCUUUCCUAUGUGGAUGAAUUCGAAGUCAAGGUCCCCGGUGCUUUCGACACGACAGCCAUCGAGACAAUGGCCAAAUGCGUCGAGCCUCCCAUAUCUUCCAAGCUUGGACUCAUGGAACGUAUUUGGACUGCUUUGAGCAAGCUCGUGUGUUUCGGCUCCUACGAUGGGUUUCUGACAUAG